GAGGGAGGCGGAAUGCAACAGGCUAAAGUCAGUCGUCGGCUUGAGAGAAACUUCACAACUUUUGAGUUCAUGGUCUGCUCAUUCUUGCGUUGACUUAUAUCCUUGUAAAAAAAAGUAGCCUCCCCCUCCCAGAACAAAAACCAGCAAGCAGACUGCCGGCCUCCCAUCAGACAUCUGACUAGUGGCCAUCGCCGUCACGUGAUUUCCAGGAGGCCAUCACAAGUCUCGCCUCCGCAUCCCAACUUGGGAGAAGCCAACACCUUGAGGUGCUGGCUGAAUGGCACCUGACCCUUUCGCUUUCCUCUGCGGCCCCUGACCACCGAGACGUGGAGAAAAAUCAGCUCAAAAUCACAGCAGUAGCUUUUUAGUGUUACCAUGGCAACCAACAAGGAGCAUCAACUGCGUCAUAUGGCGGGCUUCCCUCGCACCAUGUAUCCUUUCCCUUUCAAUGCCAUGAGGAGCCACUCCCCCUUUGACCUGCUGGCCAGCAGCAACCUUUUUGGCCGCUUUGGGGCAGACCUUCCGAAAGAGAUGGCAGCAUUGUCCGUGGAGACCCAGAGCACCAGCUCCGAGGAGAUGGUGCCCAGCUCGCCUUCUCCUCCGCCGCCGCCUCGCGUCUACAAGCCCUGCUUCGUGUGCCAGGACAAGUCGUCUGGAUACCACUACGGGGUCAGCUCCUGUGAGGGCUGCAAGGGUUUUUUCCGGCGCAGCAUUCAAAAGAACAUGGUGUACACGUGCCACCGAGACAAGAACUGCCAGAUCAACAAGGUGACUCGUAAUCGUUGUCAGUACUGCCGGCUGCAAAAAUGCUUCGAGGUGGGCAUGUCCAAAGAAGCGGUACGUAAUGACCGCAACAAAAAGAAAAAGGACGUGAAAGAGGAGGUGGUGCUGCCUGAAAACUACGAGCUGAGCGGCGAGCUCGAGGAGCUGGUCAACAAAGUGAGCAAAGCCCACCAGGAGACAUUUCCGUCGCUGUGCCAGCUGGGCAAAUACACCACAAACUCGAGCUCUGACCACAGAGUCCAGCUGGACUUGGGCCUGUGGGACAAGUUCAGUGAGUUGUCCACCAAGUGCAUCAUCAAGAUUGUGGAGUUUGCCAAGCGACUACCAGGCUUCACUACGCUAACCAUCGCCGACCAGAUCACCCUCCUCAAGUCUGCUUGUCUGGACAUCCUGAUGCUGAGGAUAUGCACGCGCUAUACCCCCGAGCAAGACACCAUGACUUUCUCGGACGGCCUGACCCUCAACAGAACCCAGAUGCAUAACGCCGGCUUCGGCCCGCUCACAGACCUGGUGUUCGCCUUCGCCGGGCAGCUGCUGCCCUUGGAGAUGGACGAUACUGAGACGGGACUCCUCAGCGCCAUCUGCCUCAUCUGCGGAGACCGUAUGGACCUGGAAGAACCCGGUAAGGUGGACAAGCUGCAGGAGCCGCUGCUGGAAGCGCUGAAGAUUUACACACGCCGCCGACGCCCCAACAAGCCUCACAUGUUCCCGCGCAUGCUGAUGAAAGUCACCGACCUGCGGGGAAUUAGCACUAAAGGUGCAGAGAGAGCCAUCACACUGAAGAUGGAGAUCCCCGGUCCCAUGCCGCCGCUCAUCAGGGAGAUGCUGGAAAACCCGGACGCUUUUGAGGACAGCAGCGACUCGGCGGAAAGCCCCGCACCGGCCGCCGCCGCAGCGCCGCCCGUCGUUCAGACCAUCAAGCAAGAGGAGAAAUCCACGUACGAGUCGGCGGUGGAGGAGGAAGAGGAGGAGGAUGACGACUAUUGGGACGAGGACAGGGAACGGCUGGCGGACAGUGACGCCGAGCCGUGGGGGGAAGCGGCUGCAGCGGCGACCAGCACAAACAAGAAAAGCGGGACAACGCAGUAGGACCGACACUCCCUUCCCUGGAAUCCUCAUCUUCACACCAUCAGGCUCUUAUAAAAGAAUUGCAAAGUUUACAGGGAGUGAGGGACAAAGCAAAAGCACUCAACAAGCGACUCAUUGUGGUCCGCAGUGACAGGAGGGAGGCGGGAGGGGGGGCUCACAAGGAAUGCCCCCCCUCCCCAGGAAAAGGGCUACGCUUGUAUAGAAAACAUCUCUUUUUUGGGGGGGUUACAGGAAAUGCUACUUAUACUUUCUUCUUGUAUGAUGUAUUGUCUCAGCUCUUUGUCUCAUUUCUUCAUGGCGUGUGCGUUUAUGCGCUUAAGUGAGACAUCGUGAGAGCAAGUCUCCAACUUUCAACGUCUUCCAGGGUGGUCAACGUCUUCCGAAAACAAGCAAUAGUGACUUUGGGAUCCUGAAUAGGGAUGGGAAUUCAGAAUGAGUGAUUUGAUUCCAGUUAUUUUGUUGCAUAUUUUCUCUUAUUUGCUCAGUUAACAUCUUGCAUUGUCAAAGUUGCAUCUUGUUUGAACCAAUCUGAAAAGUUGACAACCAGCAGUUGAAGACAGCAGACCAAUCCAGACCAAUUUUAUUUCAUUUGCUCAUCCACUGAAAAUGGAUAAACAAUUGAAUCCACAAAUGAAUCGCACUGCUAAACUUACGUCGAUUCCAAUCCCUGGACGUGAAAAAAAUGUGGUUCUAAAAUAACGAAACCGCUCGUGAUGUCAGCACGGAAAGGCUUUUGAGCCUUUUUUGAUGUCCAUCUUCAUGUCCUCACGCUCUUUGUGCUCACUAAUGGGACAACUUUGGCUUGAGUUGGACAUUAAGCAUAUCAAAUUUUAGUGCUCAGGCACCUUUCCAUGUCAGUACUCUUGCAUUGCAUAAUGAAGAGGACGCCAUUAAGCCAUAAAGACGCCCCAGCAGCCAUUAUGAACUUUUUACAUCAUAGCAAUCCUCAGGUGUUUUUUUUUUUUUAACUGUAUGAAAAAAAUAAUUGCAUUCUUUAACCCUGCAACCAUCUACAGUCAACCUCUGUUCAUUUUAAAAAACUUUGGUUUUCCAGCUAACACACACACACAUAGAACACAGUGGCUAUUUCUCUGCUGCCAAAUAAUGUUUCAUCAUACCAUCGCAGUUAUGUAUGGCCUGAAUGUAAGGAAUGUCAUCAAAGUAUUAAAAAUGUCAGGAGGCUUAAGACGAAUGUUACUUCACUUUGAAUGUCACUUAAACAAACUCAGUCCAAUGUUUUUGUCUGCAUUGUUAAAUGUCAUGGAAUAAGACCCGCAACAGCAGCAGCAAGAUCCUCCAGGGGCAAUAAAGUCAUUUCUUUUGUCUUUUUCCUGAACUUGAGCCAGUGCAAUAAAACAAAAGCCGCCUGCAAGGUUGACGGCGACAUCUGUACUAAAAAGUAUAAAUUCAGACAACUCAAAACAACUAUGGCUCAUUUAAAUUCCAUCGCCUUGAUGAUUGUGACAUUUUUUUGUAUUGUUAUAUGCAGAGAAUAUUUAAUGACUUUUAAAGCUCAAACCAUCUCAAUGUGUCUUUUUUUUUUUAAUAAUCAGCGACCUUCUCCAUUAUCUCCGUGUGGAGAGAUUUAAACAUCUCAUGAAUGGGCUCAUUUGUUGCUCUUGGUAUUAAAUCUAGAUGUAGUUUGCUUCUUUGGUUUGCUUGUUAUUUUGGCUGUAUUUUUGAUAAAAGGCCCUUUGUGUUUUCA